GCAGUAUUGGACAAAGAUAAGGUGAAACGAAAAAGAAGCUCAGCAGUGGAUAAACCGGCGUCGUCCACCAUACAUAAUUGCAGUUUACAUCCGUUAAUGUUUAUGUUUGACACCAUGAACAGCUUGAUGACUAGCUUCAACUGCAGAGGGUUUCCGUUGCCGAAGCAAUUCGCAGUUAGGAACCCUUUACCUGAAGGCAGUUUCUUCCGUCCACAGCCGAGCCGCAGAAGUACAGGAAAGAUUGUUUGUUCGGCGGAGCCCUAUUUAAUAGCGAAAUUGGAUUCUGCUGAGAAAACGUGGAAAGACUUAUCUGUGAGACUAGCUGAUCCAGAUGUAGUAUCGAAUCAUAGUGAAUAUCAGAAGCUGGCGCAGUCGAUGGCUGAACUUGAUGAGGUUGUGUUAAUAUAUAAGAGUUUUAAGGACUGUGAGAAGCAGCUGGAAGAAUCAAAAGCCCUAGCAAAAGAAGAAGGAGUUGAUGAAGAUAUGGCACAAAUGAUAGCAUCUGAGAUACAGACCUUGUCCAGUCAACUUAAAGAGCAUGAAGAGAAGCUUAAGGUGCUGUUGCUUCCUAGUGAUCCUCUUGACUCUAGAAAUAUAAUGCUUGAAGUGAGAGCUGGAACUGGAGGCGACGAGGCUGGAAUUUGGGCUGGUGACCUUGUGCGUAUGUAUGAGAGAUAUAGUGAGCGAAACUCAUGGAAAUCUGCUCCAGUUUCUUGUUCUGUGGCUGAGCAUGGGGGAUUCAAGAUAUAUGUGAUGGAAAUCAAAGGACAACGAGUUUACAGCAAGCUAAAGUACGAAUCUGGUGUACAUCGUGUUCAACGAGUUCCCCUGACAGAAGCUCAAGGUCGUGUUCACACAUCGACAGCAACUGUGGCAAUCAUGCCUGAGGCUGAUGAAGUUGACGUGGUAAUUGACCCAAAAGAUAUAGAACUUACGACAGCUAGAUCUGGUGGCGCUGGAGGUCAAAAUGUCAACAAGGUGGAGACAGCUAUCGAUCUCGUUCACAAACCAACUGGAAUUAGAAUAUUUUGCACUGAAGAGAGAACACAACUAAAGAAUAAGAACCGUGCUUUUCAGUUGUUGAGAGCUAAAUUGUAUGAGAUAAAACUUAGGGAGCAACAAGAGGAGUUAAGGAAUCAGAGGAAAUCUCAGGUCGGUACUGGUUCUCGGUCGGAGAAAAUUAGAACUUACAACUACAAGGACAAUAGAGCUACUGACCAUCGGUUAAAGAUGAACUUUGAGCUUACAUCGUUUUUGGAUGGUGAUAUAGAGAAUGCCGUGCAGGCUUGUGUUUCCAUGGAGCAGAGGGAGUUAUUGGAGGAGCUAUCCGAAUCUGUUGCUACACCGUCAAGGUGAUAUCAACCUCUCAUCUUUGCAGAAAAGGUCCCACUAACAACUGCAAGCUUGUAACUGUAGAAAAUGUCCAUUUCUUCCUGUACCAGGAGAUGGUUUAUUCUUCGAUUAAACAUUAGAGAAGAUUGCUUGCUCCUCCGCUGUCAUACCAAUUUAGAUCUAAAAAGUGCACAUUCCAUCUUUUUGUUUCCUUUACCAUAUUCUCGCUCACAACCACAUAUUGAGCAAAGGUAGGAGAUGGAGAUAUAUUCAUGAAUGGUUUAUAUGUGAUUCUCAGAUAUGUAUAUAGCUGUGGUGUUCAGUGUUAUCUGAUUUUGAACAUCUGGUGGGUGAGUAAUUACACUAUUGUAUAUUGUUGACUAAUGUUUUGGAUGUGAGAAUUAUUUGAUCUUUAAAUUAAAACCGUAUUCAUUCUGUGUUUACAGAUUGGCUCAUCAUAUGAUUUUGCUUGCUAUUUACAUAUACAACUGUGUUUGUGUAUCUCCAAAUAUCUUUCUGUUUAUAGAAGGAAAAAAGUAAAAACUCUUGAAAUAAAUGAAGUGGAAGACCAAAAUAAGAUUUAAACUAUUGAAAUAUUAAAAAAAAAAAACAAAUUGUGACCUAAAGUUCAUUUUGGACUACAUUAUUACACUUGAUACUC